UAGUAAAUUAUUAAUUAUCAAGUUUUCAUAGUCAGUUCCUUGUUUGGAACAUUUCAAGAUAGUAUAUACGAUUGUCAAUCCUAGAAAAUUCGUGACCAAAAAUUAAUAAUGUGAUCCAUAAAUAGAUUGAAAGCUAAGAUAAGCACAAACAGUUGUUCAAAGCAUAAGCUACCCAAAAGAUGACAUAUAGUAGUGCAAGUGUCGUCAACAAGAACCGCAUUAUCAAUUUAUCAUUAUAACAACUCAACAAUUUCUUUAAUUAAUUCCAUUAUGUGUAUUUCUUUUCUUUAAUUUUUAUAAUCCAAACACUUGAAUCCUUCUUUUUUUUUUUUUUGACCAAACACUUGAAUCCUUCUUGAAAACAAUAGUAUUUAGUUCAUAAAAAUUGAACUUUGUUGCAUUCAUUUCCAAUAGAAAUUAAAUUUGAAGAAUUUACAGUAGAAAAUUAUUUCAUGGCUCGUGCUUCAGCAAUUGCUAUAGUUGUAUUUUCUUGCUUCCUUAUUUUGGUCCUACAAUUGGCAGAUGGCAGUGAGAGCAAGUUGUGUCCACCAUGGUGCGUUACUAGGCUUGAUGCUUCGGUUGCUCGGGUCAAUAUAUCAUUUGAUUGGAUCUGUGAAAAUGGAGCGGAUUGUCGCCCGAUAAGACCGGGCGGACCGUGUUACGUGGAAGGUGACAUCAAGGCCAUGUCCUCCUAUGCCUUCAAUGACUAUUUCCAGAAGACUAGACCGUCUGGUGGUCUAUGUGAUUAUGGUGAAGUUGCUACUAUAUCUAAUGAAGACCCCAGUCACGGUGCCUGCAAUUUCACGUGUACGCCAUACUAGGGCAGAUAAUCAUUCAGAUGUAUGGGUAAAUGAUCUCCGAAAACUCCAACUAUAGAUUCAGCAAUCCUAUAACUAUGUAUUUAUGUACAUUUUAGACAUAGUAACACAGAAAGAAAAACAUACUACGUAUAAUGCUAAUGUUAAGUGAAAAUUGAUGCAACUCCCAACUGUCAAUUUGACUAGCUAUAGUAUCUAGUUUGAUAAAGCAAAUACAUUUUAUGUUUCUGAAUGGCAUAUUAAAUAAAUAAUUCAGUAGCGAAUAUUAGAGCAAAAGGGCAGGGCCCCUAUGAGCCUUAAUGAAGAUCCUCCCCUGCAAGUAAGCUUUGCGAGGACUAAAAGGUUGUUACUUACUAGAUAAAGGUUACUCUAGGAUACCCUUUGUUAAUGGUACUGCUAGAAAAAAGG